GCGCGCCACCCCCAAGCCGCCAUUUUGUUUCGUUUUUAGUUCCUUAUUACCCGGAAGUGAAUAAUCCCAGCCUUGACACGUAGCUGGUUAGCGGAGCAGGUUGUGUUUGUAAACGCGGUUCCUCACACACACUGCUGCAGGCCGUCACCAUGUCUGGUUUUGAGAGCUUUAACACAGACUUCUUCCAGUCUCCGUACAGUGUAGAUGAGCAGAACCAGGGCGGAUACACCUACAGCAACGCAGAUGAUCCGUACAGCAAGCAGUACGGUCAGUACGAUUAUUCACAGCCUAUGGGUUACAGCGCAGCACCGCUGAUGCAGCCUCAGCAGCCUUACACAGGACAGAUCUAUCAGCCCACACCUGCGUUCACACCUGCCUCCUCACAGGCCAUGUACAGCAGCAGCUUCGAGGACGAACCGCCCCUGCUGGAGGAGUUGGGAAUCAACUUUGACCACAUCUGGCAGAAGACGCUGACGGUGCUACACCCCAUGAAGGCAGCAGAUGGCAGUAUAAUGAAUGAGACGGAUCUGGCUGGGCCCAUGGUGUUCUGUUUGGCAUUCGGGGCGACGCUGCUGCUUACGGGUAAGAUCCAGUUCGGAUACGUGUAUGGGAUCAGUGCUAUCGGAUGCCUGGGCAUGUACUGUCUUCUGAACCUCAUGAGCCUGACGGGCGUGUCAUUCGGCUGCGUAGCCAGCGUCCUGGGGUACUGCCUGCUACCCAUGAUCCUCCUCUCCAGCUUCGGCGUGCUCUUCUCCUUACAAGGUUUGCUGGGAAUGGUUUUAACGGCCGCCAUCAUCGGAUGGUGCAGCUUCUCCGCCUCCAAGAUCUUCAUCUCUGCUCUGGUGAUGGAUGGCCAGCAGCUUCUGGUGGCGUAUCCCUGCGCUCUGCUCUACGGAGUUUUCGCUCUCAUCUCCGUGUUCUGAACUUCUCAUUCCAGACCCGACGCUCCGACACGCCACUUUUACUCGUCCUCCAUGAUGUGCAGGAUCCGAGACACCAUCUGGCAAAAGCCAAGAACCUCCUCACUGUUUAGCACAUUCCCUCUUUACCAUCUGCCAGAUGUGGGCAGUUCUUUCUCUCUCUCGUUUUUCUUUUCCUUCUCAGUUCAUUCCUUUUUACUCGAACUUUCUUCCCAAAACACUUUCAGAUGAUCAUUUCAAUUUCACUUUGUUUAUUAGUUUAAUCAAAAUUAAAACUCGCUCUCCAAAGACAAAAAGUGGACCAACGUCAGUGUCUAGUCAAUAAUUGUACAGUCACGUUUCUGUCUCCUUGAAAGCCGCGCGCGCGCGCACACACACACACACACACACACAUUUUGCAUCGCUCUGGAUCUUGCUGCCGUUUCCCCGUCUCUGCUCGGCACUGGAGAUGCAGCGAGCGUGCAGCACAGACCUGGACCUCAAAAACCCAAGUCGUUUAUACGACUUGAAGUUCCUAGUUGUACCGCUGCAGGUAUUACAUUUGCACACUUUCACUUUUGAUCUUUGGUUUGCGUUGUUUUUUUUCUUCCUCUUUGUACAGUAAAUGUCCAGAAGCUGAGAUCAAACCCCGAACUGCCCACGAUAUUUAUACACCUGCAUUUUUAUUUGAAAUCUCUUCUGUGAAAAGUGAUUCAGACGAUGGUUGUGUUACACGUGUGCUGUUUCACUCGCCAUGUUUCCAAAAUAAAGGAGUUGAUAUCAUA